ACCGAGAGUGAGUCUUUCUCGUGUCGGAAUAAAAUUGUCCUUCUUUAAUUGUGAAGAUGAUGAUGUUCAUUUGCCUCCAAUGAAACAAAUUAAGCUCAAUCAUUUGCCUGAAGAACUCAAGAUGGACACCAACCAUAUCUCGACCCAACGCAGCCCGGUGCCGUCUUCGCGACAGCCCGUCCGCGUGAUAUUGUGGGCCGUCCCUCGCUCACUAUCAACGGCAUUCCUGAGAAGCAUUGAUAACAUGUCAUGUCCGGUGGAGAUCUUCCACGAGCCGUACUCCGCGGCGUAUUACUUCGGCCCGGAGAGGCGUGCCCCGUCCGGACCGGCCAUCCCACAGGAAAACCAGUACACGUACGACUGGGUUCGGAAACAGCUGGAGGCGGACUACAGCGGGUGCGAGACGAUCUUCUGCAAGGACAUGGCGUUCGCAGUGGACGGCCGCUACGAUGCCAUUCCAGACGGGUUCAGGCACACCUUCAUCAUCCGCAAGCCUACCAAAGCCAUCAUGUCCUUCCAUAAAGUGGUCAACGGCUACCCGGGAUACACCGAUGAAGUCUCAGUCAAAAACGGCCUUCCGAAAGGGUAUGCCUUCAAGGAAUCGUACGAUCUGUACAACCACAUCUGCCGGACUUACAGAGAGAAACCGAUCAUUAUUGAUGCCGAUGAUCUGUGCCGAUCACCCGAGGCCAUCCUGAAGAAGUACUGCGAGACUUUGGGAUUACCGUUCUCCGAGGCCAUGCUGUCAUGGAAAUCGAAUGACAGCAUCAGUUCCAGGUGGCACUGCGCACCGUCGCUGAGCAUGCUCAACUCGUACAUGGGGACCUAUGACCGUGCCCUGAGGAGCACCCACUUCAUCCCCAAGUGCGAGACCAACUGUGAAACUGUCUCAAAUACCGAACUGCCCAAUGAUGUGAUUGAGUGCUGUGAACACAGUGAACCUUACUACCAGAGCUUGUACGAACUCAGACUGAAACCUUGAAAAAAAAAACUGGAAUAUUAUUUUUUCCAUUUUCAAUUCUGUGGAGAAACAACUUUUCGAAUAUUUUCGUGGUCAGUCAACUCGUAAAAUACCCUACCACAGGUAACUAAAUUGCAAAGAUAUAAUCGUUGAUUCAAAGUUGUUGUCUGUGAAACAUUUGAGGCUCGAGAGUGCCGCAACCUAGUGGUCUAAAGUGCACCGGACUCAAACUCUGGCGGACGGGUCAUCAUAGAGUGGGCUCGACUGCCUGCGGAAGAACGUGUGUUAUUGGAACUUUUUAUUCAAGGACACACGUUACCAGGGAUUAUACAAACGAUUAUUUGAUUCUCAAUGAAAUUACUAAAAUGUUUGGUCCUUGACACAGAAAAUAGUUACAAAACGAUGAUCGUCAUUCAAUCAGAAAAGAAAGACAAAACCUUGAUGACGAGUAAAGUAGUAAGCAAAUGAGUUUGCACACUUGCCCAUUGUACACAUUAUGCGACACCAUCGGUCUACAUCGAGACGAUCAGCAACAUUGGGGAAAAAUGAUUUGUAAAUAAUGUAACUUUUUGUAAGAAAGUCGUAUACGUAUAUAUUAGAAUUCUAAACAUUUCAUAUGGGAAAAAAGAUUCUUUGUCGGUUCAGGAAAAUUAAUUUGAUGAUCAUCUGACGAGAUCGUAGUAUAAUUUAUCCAAUCAAAUAAUGGUUGUGUAUAUUACUGUAAUAAUCUUAUCGAUGUUCGAGUGUCCAUUUAAUUACUAAAUAAACUUCUUAGUGUACAUUACAAUGUUGUUAUUUUUUUAUGUGUGAAAAGAAAAGGGUGGACAAUUCAGCAUAGAGCAACCGCGGCAUGGCUUUACCAAACAGUUUUAGUUAUAAACAUAAUGAUUCGCAUCAAUUUAAGAACGCAUUGACCAAUAGUUGCUUUAAUUUUCAUUUUAAGUCCAACACUUGAAAUUGUUAAACCUUCAGAUUCAUCUUAAGAUACGUUGUUAAUUUUAUAACCAAAUAGAUGUUUUUUUGUAUUGUCGUGAAAUCACAUUUUAAAGACAGUGGACACUAUUCGUAAUUGUCAAAGACUAGCCU